AUGGGAUCAUCCACAUUGGGAAAGGCAGCAUCUCUUGAUGUUCUCUUGAAUGAAUGCAUUCAUGCAUUUGGUAAGUGACACAUGCCAAGGACUCACACCCAGGCAGACCCAGACUAGGACCCAGCAUGAAUACUCUAAAGUUGUGAUGCUGAAUUGUUUCCACAUUUUAUAAAUAAAUGUCAAGUUUAAAUGUUGAAUGUUAACACUAAAUAUGAGCAAAGUUUCAGAUCUUCUGACCAAUGUGUGUUUGAGUAACUCAAAAAUCACACUGCAGACAGCCCUAAACAGCUUGUUUAAAAUGUUAUGUAAAAAUCAAGAUAGGCUCAAUUAGUCAUAUCACCACAGGUGCAUCUCCUCUAAAAGAGCAAACAGAGACAUCUGCUCUGCUGGUCAUAUUUAGUGUCCUAAACACACGGCUAUAUGCAAUCAUUUGUCACUGCUUAUUCCACUGAUGACAACUUGGUGAAAUGACAACAGUGGAGGAGGCUUCCAGAGAGUGGCUAAUCAGAAGACAGUGGACUUGUAGGGCUGCCUGUCCAUUCCCCUCACAAUUAGCACAGUGCGUUUGGUUAAGUGCACUUUUUGCCAAGUGAAAAUGAACAAUUGAAUAUAAAUCAUACCUACUAAGUGAUCAAGUUUGUGGAGAUUUUUUAAUAGCAGAUGGAACCUAGUUUUACUGCAAAUAUAUACAAGUAUUUUCCUGAUUUUAGUCACAACCUUAUUGUGAGUAAUCAGGAUAACACUACUUGCCAAAACCCAUCCAGCUGUAGGUGCCUCUGCUCUGGUAGAAAGCCUCUUAUUCUCUACCCUUCAGUGAAUGAAUGGAGGUGUUUGACACAAUAAACUAUACAUUAUUAAUUUUUGUGGGCCUGCGAGCUGCAGAAGCAUUAAUUGAAUUUGCAAACAUACUAUCAUAUUGUUGGAUUUUAUACUGUAUAAAUUUAAGACUAAGUUACAUCUUUCAAGGAUCUUUCUUACAUUGAAAUAUCAGAUGCUGUAUUGGGACUUCUCAUAGUAAAAGCAACAUGAUGCAUUGUGGGAGUUUAUUCGACACAGAUUCAGUCAAACCGUAAUUAGAGUGCAAUUAAAAUGCAAAUCUAGCAUGCUGUGUAUCUUUGUGUCUGCUAAUAGAGGUGAUUCAGCCAAAAUUUGAAAUCAGGUUUUGAAAAACAUCAGGCUGAGAUAAAGGCGGCAAAUCUCAUGAAGUUCCCCCAGUGUACAGCAGUGCUGUACAGGUACAUGUUAAAAGGAACAGGUGAACUCAACGGCUCAGUUUGGAACUCCUGAACGGGGACUUCGGCUCAGUUUACUUUACAUAAUAUGGGAGGAUUUAUGUGUCCAGAGUUGCUUGGAGCAGCAAAGCUUGUAUGGAUUUACACCCGGCAUGGCAUGGCUAAAGCUAUAAGCAAUGCAGUUGUUGGUGAUGCUGAUAAUUAUCUUGUUUUUCAUUGUUUCUUUUCUGUUAGAUCUUUUAUUUCAGCAGAUUUGAAAAUAAUCUUUUACCUAGUGUCUUUUACCAAAACAGAUAUCCCCUUCAUUACUGGGCAGAGAGGGUUUGUUCAGUUUUGAAAUAAGCCCAAAUAUCUAUUAUUCAAUAGUUAAAUACGAGGUGCGGAGGGAGGAUUCAGACUUUAUAGAUGAAGAGUAAUCACCAAACUUUGUGCUUAAUCUGAAUGAAUGAGUGAACUAAUAUGGCCUCAUAAAACAAACAUUUCUCUCCUCAGAUGACAAUGGACAGUUGCAAGCCAACCUGCUUCCUCGCAGCCUCCUGAUGAUGCAUCGCUGGUAUGUUACAUCCUCGGAGCUGGCGGGAAAGUUGUUGAUGAUAUAUCCUUUCAGAGGGGAAAGCUUACAGGAACUAUAAACACAAUGCUUUACCAGUGUAGUACCGCUGGCUUACUGUUACUGUUAUCCAGUAAGCUAUUUCUCCCUCUAUAGGAAAUUAGCUAUGGUUCUUUUAGUUCAGAAAACAAUAUAUUUAAACCGGGGUGGUGGUGGUGGUGGUGGUGGUGGUGGGGGUGACAUCUGUGGUGGAACAAAGAAGGACAAAGAGAGAGAGAUUUCUCGAAAGUAUCGAGCCAACUCCCUCUCCAAAGGCAGACCUCAAAAAUAGCUUUAUGUGUGUCACAGAACUUCUGGUAGGUGAAAAGUUUCGGAGAGAACUUUGUGGAAAUGCUGCCAGAGCUGGUUAACUCAAAUUAUUCUUCUCCUAUCUAACUUUUAUCGUGAGCUAAAUCACUUAAUAUAGCUUUAUGUCCAGCUGCAAUCUACAGUAUACUAUAUUUAGUCUUGUGAGGGAUUCCAGUUUUGCGCAGUUAUGGUUCUAGCUGUUGUAGAAUCUAACUGUUGCUAUGAAGGAGAGGCUAAUUUUGUCUGAUAAAUAAAAAAAUUGACUUUAUUUAAUACCAAACUGAUAACUAUAAUAUGAAUGUAUAAAAUGUAAAAAUAUAUUUUAGCAGAUUGGUAUUACUACAUUCAUAAUGGGUUGUACUUGAUUUAAAUCAUACAGACUCACCAUCAACAUAAGAAUAACUGGACAAAAGAAAAUAACCUGUUAAUAACCUGUUCGCCUAGCAAGUUUACUGUCACACAGUUUCAUCCAAAUAUGCUACAAAAGUUCAUGUUUUUGAAUAUGCUGGAAGUAGCUUAUAGACAAGGGUGUUAAAGAUGGGAGGAGUUUUACAUUGAAUAUCCAGAGUAUUUCCAGCUGAAAUCUCUCCAACUUGCGCUUAUUGUUGCUGUAAGUCUGAAUUCAGGAUUUGACACAAUUUGAAGUCCUCUAAGUACAUUUCAAUGCUUUCAAUUUUUUGUGCUACAAGCUGAAGCUCCAGCAGAUUGAGUCUAAUGGGGUGCUCAAAUCAAGCACGAGUAAAAUCAUCUACCCACUUAACUUUAGCAAAUCUAGACGCGUGAAUGAGUAGUAUUUACUCGCCUUAUUCAUGCAUCAACGGUAAUUUCACCGGUAAUCCUUGCCCAUUCAACUGGCAGGAUCAAGUGAUAGACAAAGGUUUGUUACAGUUUACCAGGUAAUCCGACCUCCUCACUCACUUGCCUCCAUGCAAGCUCCUUAUUAUUCUGGUUUCCGGUUAAUUGAAAGAAAAGGUAUCAUAUAAUUCGGGGCACCCACACACCGACAAGAUCAGUUUGUCCUCUAUUUUAGAUUCCAGUGAACAACGGUCCAUUUUCAUAUGUACCUUCAUGCUGAUUAGUUAUCGCUACGCAAAUAUCCGCUCAAGUUGAGACAUUUUCAGCUCCCGCCCAAUUCGCGCCAUUCGUGUCACCAGAGUAGUAGGAGCGUCUAAUCACGUCUUUACAUUGACUUAACAUGUAAUUCAUUCAUGCCGAUGAUUGAGCUUGGUGUGGGGAGACCGUAUGAGGAAAAAAAAAAAAAACUAGCCCAAGUAGCUGAGGGAUUGUGGUCUGAUAGUGUCAAAUCAAGGCCUGUGUAGAGGCCUUGUUAAAGUGUAAAUUACAGAUUUUUAUCUGCAUUUCCCUGCAGGUAUAGUCUCUCUAUCAAAGCUUCACAUUAAGAAAGGAGAAAAAGCUCUCACAGUGGUCUCCUCGACGAGUUAUCAAGAUGAUUUUUAGUCAUGUUGAUUCUUCUAAAAAGGACAAGAUUUAUUUACACGGUUCAUUAGUUUUUAAGCAGUGCAUCUAAAGUGGACAAAUACUCAACAAAAGGGCUCUGAAUUGUCAUAUUUUACAGAUACAAGAUAAAGCAUACAGCCAUGCAUAAAUUGCUUGUUUAGCUGAAAGGCCGAGGCCUGUGAGGAGUAGAAAAAAAGAACCCAAAACUUACACAGCAGCCAAAGCCACUUAAAAUGAAGAGGGAGGAAAGAAAUGAGACUUGAUGAAUCACUGAGGUUUGGGUUGAAAUCAUAUUAACAAGUGCGGGUUAUGAAAGGAUUUUGGUUUUCCUUUGAAACACCAAAUGAAUAGAGGCUUUAAAACAGAAGGUGACUUUAUCACCCAACAGUCAUCUGACUGUCUUUGUCUGGUUGUUUGUUUAUUGGAGUAUAGUCUUGCAUUUGUGUAGGACAGAGAUGACAAGAAGAGGAAAGUAAAAAAUAGGCCGAGUGUAGAUAAAAGGGGGUCUGUCAAUGACUAAGUCAAAGUUGUAAGGAUCUCAAACACGUCCAGUGUUCUCCCAAAUCUGUGGCAGUGUUUACAGAGAGUUUGUGAUCAGGCUAAAAAAAUCUAUCAGCUGUUAAGAUUAUAUUUUAACACAUUUAAGGUUGAUAUAUGGAGACAAGGUAAUGGGUAACUUUGUUUUUCAAUAUUCUCUGCACUUAUAAGUGUCUUUCACAGAGUCAUCAUCAGAAAUGUUGUCACUUUUUCUAACAGAUGGUACUAUAACUAUGACCAAAAUGUCAAUGUGGAUGAGUGUUUUUUUCUGACAUUUUAAAGGCUAGUAUCUUAACUAAGUAUGUUUGUUGAAAAGUAAUGUAGGCUUAAUUAAGCAUUUUGCUUCUGCCUGUGCUGUCUCUGCCACCACUUGGCAUACGACUGUUGCUGUUUAAGUGUCUCUACUGUGAAAUAUGUCAUUGUAUGGUGAUAAAAUAUAAGAAUAGCAUAUCAGUUGAGGCUGAGAUUACCAUCAAAUUGGUGAGAUUGGAGGCAGAUGGGACAUACUACGUUUAAGUUAGUAGUAACAUGUACUUCCACAAGGUGGCACAUUGAUUAUAGUUAAAAAAUCUGCAUGGAAAGUGUUCAGGGAUGAAUAGCAAUCAUGCGUAUGAAAUUUUAAACAGAUUGAACACAGUAUGUAGGAGUUAAGCUAACUUCCUGUUUCAUGACAAGUUUGAUAUACCUUUAACAACGACUCACAGAAUGAACAAUAAUGCUUCUUAAAGGUGGCCAUGAUGGGGGGGGGGGGGGGGUCAUGUCAGUUCAACCAAUAAUAAUGUCUGUGAAUUCAGUAAAGGUCAUGAGGAAGGUCCAUCAAUCCCAAGUUGUACAAAGACCGAAGACUAAACAAGUAUCAAACAAAGCAGCUCACUGUGGUGGAAUACAGUUUAAGUCCCACUUCGAUUGUUUUUUUUUUUUUUUUUUUUUUUACAACUUAAAGCGUUUUCAGUGGUCUUUAAAUUGUGAUUAUGAAGUUUUAUAGCCAAAAUUGCGUUACCUAUGUCAUUUUCAAGGACUUUUCUUCUGCAGAGCUCCAGUGGCUCAUUAGCAAUUUGCCUCUGAGUUGUGGGUGGAGAUAGCGCUGCUCUGCACACUCCUCUUCAUGCUAGCUUAUAGCCUAACAUUUCCGGUGUAGUAAAAGUAGCAGGUUACAUAGAAACUAUUCAGCUCUCGGACACUAAUGUCUUUGGGGACAUGAUGAACGUUAAUAUCAUUAUUAGCUUUCUUACAAGCAUUGCAUCCGCUAACGCACACACUUGUUCCACGAUCAUCUCUACUCUACAUCUCUACUUCUCUGAGUCUGGCCUGCAUAGUGGGGCUGCGGGGGCUGAGCUUCGAUUUGUGACGUAGGAAAUCUCACUGUGUCUGAACCUGCUGUUUGGGUUUGUCAGAGAUUCACAGCGAUUUGAGUACAGAAAUACUGAGAAAUGCAAUUUCACAUUUAUUUUUCUCGUGAUAUGUCCUGUCACAUCAGGAAAAUGCCAUAUGAACAUGUAGACAACAAGACAAACAUGGUUUUCAUCUGAGUGGGUCUUUAAUGCAAGCUUUACCGUUUGUGAUCUUGAUGGUGUCCUGCCAUGAGUUCCUCUGAAGAGCUUGCCAUGUUUGUUUGGGUCCGGAUGUUACCCUCCUCCACACCCACACCCUUUCACAGCUUCUACAGUACACUGACUAACGUUAGGCUGCACAUCUCAAGCCAAAGUUCAACCAGGUGUUCAGUGUCAAGUCAGAUAAGCAACAGCUCCUUAUACUAGCAAUAAUUAGAACUGAAGAAGCUUCUUGGAUAGAGCCGAAACGUCUUCCCAACUCUACACAGUCCAGUUGCCUGAUUUUGGAGUCUUCAAGAAAACAGCUUCCUUGUGAGUACCCCAUAGAGAGAAAGGACCCAUCCCUGCCCAUCCACUUACAGUAUUUUAAGGUUGUAAGGACAACUAAUGAGGUGAGUUUCAGAUUUGUCUGCCACAAGAGUGAACAAAAUAAUCCUUGUCUAAUUCUGCUCUAUUUGUUGUGCAUUUAAGUGUUUUAUUCUUAAAAAUCUUGGAAAACUCCUUAACUUACCUCCACGUACCGUGACUGCAAUGAUGACAGUUCUCAGGGAACAAGGCUUAAGAUUUGUUACUUCAUGAGGUAAGUUGCUUUAUGUACAUUAUCCAAGUACCAAGACUGCCAAGAAGCAAAGACUACUCUAAUAUCACUUCUUGAAGUUGUUUGUAACCUUAAUAAAAGCUGGUGACUAAGUCUUUGUUUUAACUACCCCAGAUUCCAACACACUAUCAGAGUCACAGAAAGUUUCUGCACCAAAUCCCCACAAUACAGGGACAUGAGUCAUAAGGCCCAAUGGCAUAUGGUUUACAAUGAUCAUUGUUUGGUUCAGCGGAAAUUUCUCAUACUGGCACAGGUUCAUCUUGUCCCCAUCUUUUUAGGUACUGGAUAGUUACAUUCCCCGCAGAGUUCAACCUGGACUUGGGUCUGAUCCGGAUCACAGAGGAGUUCAGGGAUGUGGCGGCUAAGCUUGGCUUUGAAGAGCAUUUCAAAUUCCUUGAUAUCUCCACCAUGUAAGACUCAAAACCUCACAAUGGCACACUGUUAAGACCUCAAUGUGCCACUAGUUUAGCUGUUAACUUGAAGUACAAAUAAUGCUUGGAGGUCAACUAAAAUCCAAAACCUAAACCACAUACCCUCAAGUAUAAAUGGUGAGCUGUAGGUACCUAAGUUCAGCUGCUUUGGUACUUGCAACAAAAUACCUUUGUGACUUUGAUUGUGUGAACUCCGCAUAUAUUCCCCUCCUGUAGUCCAUCAUAUGACUGGAUGCGAAAACUGACCCAAAGAAAGAAGCCAGCUAAGAAAGGAAAGGCCUCUCUGCUGUUUGACCACCUGGAGCCCAUGGAGCUGGCUGAGCACCUCACCUUCCUGGAGUUCAAGUCCAUCCGGAGGAUAUCGGUAUGCCCACGGUCUACUGGUUGAGAUUUCACCAUGGUCUACUAGUUGAGAUUUCACAAUCACUGAAACAUUAUAGAUACAACUGAAUGGCAGGAUCUGGACAUGGACUGUAAACGGGCCCCUGUAAAAACUGACCUACUUGCCCGAAAUCCUUAACUAUGCUUGGCUGUGUGUCAUUUCAGAGGUGGGACUACUUUAGACUAUUACUUUGUAUGUAAAGAAUUUUCACUAAUUCACUUAAAUAACUGAUUAAAUUGGGGGUUAUGUGGUGCUGAUGGCAUUGCUGUUUGAGUACCCCACAGUCCUCAUCAAUGGGUUAUUGGUUUGACUCCCAGCUGCACCCCAUUUGCUGCAUAUCUUUCCCUCAUCUUUCUUCUCACAUUUCUUGCUUCUCCUUAAGCUUUCUUAACUAAUACAGCAAAAAUGGCCCAACAUAUAACUUUGAAACUGCUGGUUGUUUGACAGGAACAUGAUUUGGUAAAACCCAAACAAAGACUGCAGCUUGUUUUCAUCAUUUUUUGACCUGAAAUCAGUGAUCUGAACAUUUAAAUAUUUUUCAUAUAUCAAAUAUCAGUUUAAAACAUUGCACUACCCCUUCAUUGUGUUUUAUAGAUAUUUCUUUGUAUUCUGUUGUUUCCAUAACUUGAAGUGUAUAGAUACUUGCAAAAAUUUGGAUAAACGCAAGGCUGUCAUUUCAAUAGAUUAUUUAGCACAGUCUUCUGCCUAAAGGUUGACUUCAGAAGAAAUAAUUCACAUCCUUGGGAUUUAACAGAAACUAAGCCCUGGCUAUCCACUCCAAAGACUAUGUCCAAUGUACACAGGGUGCAUGAGUUUCACCAGUUGGAAAAACUGGUGCCUCAUGAUCAACAUUGAAACACACUUGCAGAACAGGUGGAAAAUGAGCAGCACUGAUAAAAGUGUUGGCGGGGUCUGGGAAACUGAACAUCUGCUGCAGAGUAUCACUGUGGAGCUAUCUGGCUUCCAAGUGAAAUGUCCUGUUUUAACACCACAGGUGGUGUCUCAGUGACAACAACAGCAAGCAGUUCAAAGUCUGUAGUCAUUCUGCGUUUGAAUCUUUGAUGAAACUGAGUGUUUGUCUUUGACCUUUUUAGUACGCUGCUACUUCUUUUCUCACAAGUACUAGCAGAUCUUGUUCAUGGUCAGGAACUGACUGGAAAAAUCCCAGAACAAAGGAAUAGAAAUCACUUUCUAAAAUCCAAUCUGACAUGUUCUUAAUUUCUCUUGGACCACUAUCUGGACACAUUUAUAAUUCCUCUCAGGGCAAGAAUGUCAUGGACACUUUGAGAUAUCUCAUUGUUAAAGCCAAGGGCCAACUGGUGUUUAAAGCACAUCAAUUAUUUUCAUAUGAGCAAUAAAACAAAUCCGCCUCAGGAGUAUUGAUGACUGAAUACAAGGAAAAUAAGUUUUUUCCAAAGUAGUGUUGACAGGUUCAGUUAUUGCAACAUGCUUUAUGGUCAUGUGUGCAGGUCCAGUUCUCUAUUCCAAACCAGGCUAAAAGUGACCUGCAGUUUGUGAACCUGGACAGAAAAUAAUGAGGAUUUCUAACUCCAAAUCUUUCUUAUCCAGAUAAAAUCCUCUAUGAACUGAUUUUUUUAUUUUUAUUCCACCAGUUCACUGAUUACCAGAGCUACGUGAUCCACGGCUGCCUGGUGGAUAUCCCGGCUCUGGAGCGCUCUAUCGCUCUAUUCAACGGGGUGUCGCAGUGGGUCCAGCUCAUGGUGCUGAGCAAGCUAACUCCUCAGACCCGGGCAGAUGUUAUCACAAAGUUCAUCCAUGUGGCUCAGGUAAGACAAAAAGGGGACUGCAUCUCAAGUGUUUUGUGGGAGUCUUUCAUCCACAAAACAAAGAUUCCACACGGCUGUUUGUUUCUUUAUCCAGUGGGUGUAAAUAUCGAUAUACUCCACUGUCAGCAGAUGAUUUAGGGAGAUCCAGAGCUCAUACUUUGACAAACUUUACCAUGAAUGUUGAUCUGAUUCACAUCAAAUUCUGUCAGUGUUAAAACUUGAUUGAUAUCAAAAAGCGCCAACCUGAGUAAACACUAUAAACAUGCCAGAAUUCAAAAUAACAUUUCCAACCUCUGGCAAGAGACAGAAUAACAUGCUAAAUAGUUUUGGUGAUUGUUAAAUAAAGGAUCUUUAUAUGCUCUUUAAGCAGAACUCCCCCUGUGUUUGAACAUGCAAAUACAUCUACUUUUAGUCCUAUGAUUGGAAUGGGGAUGCUAUGUGGAGACCAAAUGCCAGACACAAACAUACAUGGUGAGCUCUGCAGAAGUAACCAUGCCAGGACACCAUAGGCCUACAUAUAAUCAAGAAUCUGACCUUUAACAAUGGGAGGAAACUGUGCUGCAGACAUGGUCAGGACUGAAUGCUCCAAGUAGUUAAUAAAAACAUAGUGGUAUUUAUUCUUUCUUGACUUUUUGUGUAAGGUAAGAUAAAAAAAGAUAAACCAAAAUUCAUCCCAGGUUGGAGAAAUUUGCAGUGUGACGGCAGCAAAGAAUCAGAACAGCAAACAUAGAAGAAUAGUCAUACUCAUCAUGCACACGGUGCACAGAUAAUUAUAACAAAUAUACCUAGACCUAUACAAAAUAUGUUAUAUACAGAAAAGAGAAAAAAUGUAAGCAACAACAACAAAAACUAAAACACUGUUCUACACAGUGAACAACAAAUAAUUGAACAUGUUAUGAUUGCACAUAUUUGAUUUCAUACACCUGAGAAAAGUGUAGGUAUUUGCAGUUGUAAUGAAUAUCUAGUCGGUCAAUAUUGCACAUAGAGGUAGCAUUUUCUUAUUAGUUGUACUGAAAAACCUGGACUCGUGGGUCCAGCCUGUUAAACAGUCUGACUGCAGCAAGGAAGGAAGGACUUGCUGUAUCUCUCUGUCACACACCUCGGGUGUAGAAACCUGUCACUGAAGGAGCUGUCCAGUGCGGUUACAGUGCUCUGCAGGGGGUUGGAAAUAUUGUCUAUGAAAGCUGACAGCUCAGCCAUCAUACCAUUGUCCCCCACCACCUCCAUGAGGUCAAGAGGGCAGCCCAGGACAGAGCUAGCCGUCCUCACCAGUUUGUUCAGUCUGUUCCUGUCUGCAGUCGUGAUACUGCUGCUCCAGCAGAACACACCAAAGAAGAUGGCUGAGGCCACCACAGAGUCCUGAAAGGUAAUCAGGAGUGCUCCCUGCCACCAAAGGCCCUCAGUUCCCUCAGUAGGGAGAGUUUACUUAAAGGUGGGGUAGGCAGGAUCUGAGGAAGUGCCAGUUUUUGGGAGAAGUCUUGAAUGUAAACACUACCCCUCCUAACCAGUUUUCCCCUCAGCUCCUCCUCUCUCCUCCCUCUCUGCUCCAGCAAACCCCGCCCACAAACAGACGCUCCUGUUCACUCGUAUCGUUUUGAUUAAAUUCAGAUAUAAUGCAGAUAAAUACUUCAGAUAUGGCUCUCUGUACAGGACAGAAUUAAUUUUAAGCUUUUAAUAUUUGUUUUUAAAAGCCUGAACAAUCUUGCUCCACCUUACAUUUCUGAGAUGCUCCAGCCUUAUUGCUCACCCCGACCCCUAAGAUCAGCCGAUCAGCUGCUACUGACGGUCCCAAAUACAAGGCUAUUUUAAAUGUGCUAAAGAAAUAAAGUUGAUUGAUUGAUUGAUUGAGAUAAUACAAAUGGGGCCCAGUCAACAUGAAAGUAAAAAACAUUGAUGCUACUGUAAAUGCCAACAGAAUACCAGCAAACACGUUUGCAGGACUUCUACAACUAGGAUAAAGUGACAUACUCCAGGACCCGAGAUAAACAGUUUAGCAGCGCUACAACACGCAGCAGGUCCCGUUUGACAACAAACACGUCUGUUACAGACACUUGGCUUACUUUGUUAAUGCGGUUUACCUGUCCAGCAGAAAGGUUACAGGGUCUGUGAGAUCCCAAAGUGUCCCCCAUCGUUUAUGCUUCAUUGAUAUUGACCCGGCUUUUCAGCUCUUUUCCGGUCUACCUCUGUUUUAAGCGCCUGUUAUUCUGCCAGUCUCUUGUAUUUACUUUGUUUUAUUGCUUGUGUUUUCCGCCCUUCUGGUUGGUUUCUACAGUCCAAUGUUGUAGCACGCUAACUUUGUUUGGACUCGUGCACGUAAUUGGAGGACAGGGAGCAUGCCUCACAACAUGAGGGAGCAGCAUCUGACUCACAACUAUCAGCACUAAAGAGCAGCGGCCUCACAACCAAUCAGGUUGGGGGAGGCGGAGAAUGGCUUUGUAUACAGCCAGAAAGAGCAGGCGACUCAAAAAUUUUAAAAUGUUGACUACACAGACAUAACACAGCGAUAUUGUUAUAUUACCAAAUGUCAUCAAUAACUAACUAAUAGCUAUUGACUGAUAUUAAAAGCUUUUUUGUAUAUACACCACAAAACAAAGAUGUGUCUUUAACGGAAUCCUGCCUACCCCACAUUUAAACCUUUCCUGUAGAGUAAGUUAGUGUUGUCAGUCCAGUCCAGUUUUAUUGUUCAGGUGAACACCCAGGUACCUGUGAGAGUCCACAAUCCCAAUGUCCCUCCCUUGAAUGUUCACCAGUGUGGGAAGGGUAGGUCUGCGCCUGCAGUGUGCAACUUUAUGUGAUUAUUCAUCAUUAUUGGAUAGGCCUGAAUGGUGGUAAUGCACAACAACAGACAAACUAGCUCCUGUUGCUGCCUGGUUUUAAGUCUAAAGUCAAGUCCAGGAUAGGGCUAACCCAGAGAUGCCAUAAGACAAGGACACCGUCACUAUUAUCUUCUCACACUCCAAGCUUUUACCAUGCACAGGUCAAAACCUCCAGACCAUGAACCCUGUCAAGCUUUCCAUCAAGCAGACUCUCAAAAACAGGCAGAACAGCCUCAUACAUACACACAAGCUCACACACACCUAAGGCAUAUUUCUUUUUACAAUUCUCCUAAAUCACUUUUGGUGCCACCGAUUAUAGUGCCAACAGAUAUUAAAUAAGCCCAAACAGUAUCCAUUAUGCACACAGUACAAAAUUAUAGCCGUGUGAUACUGUAGCAAAAUGGAUAAACAACUUAGUCCACAGUUCAUCAUUUGGUCCUGUUUUAUAUACUUAAUUCAGUUGUCUUACAAUCAUAUUUAAUCCUUUUUUGUUCUGCUGUUCAGAGGGAUUGUUUGAGAUAUGGAUGUAACAUAAAUACUUGUAUCAGCAUUACUCAUACUCAGUAAAAAACCUUAUGUUGCCUUAGUCUGGCUGAAACUGGACUGGAAAAAAAAAAACUGCCAUGUAAACACUCUGACCAUAACCUGUGAGUAUAUUUUUUAGGGACACAAUAGAAGGACAGAAGGUAAAAGUACCGGCUUGAGUUUAGUGUGGUAAAGUAGAAAGGCUGAAAUCAUGUUAAUGGCAACACACCAGCCUGCUCAUAAAAUGGUGAGAGCAGAUGCCCUGACUGGUUUUAUUCAUCCCAAAACACAUCUCUGAAGAACCAAGGGACUUAAUCCAUUUCUUUUGCUCUGCAGCUCUUGCAGUGCAGAGUGGUGCACAGCUUAACACAUCCAAAUUCACUCUGUCACCAAGACUGUUGUGGGUGGAUGGCACAGGGCCUCUUGAUUUCAGCAGAGCAGCUUGAGCGUUUGUCUCCAACCUUUUUGACAUACUUUAUUGACUCUGCAAAACAGAAACAGCUAGAGUGAGAGAUGGGGGGCAUGGGCUGUGUGAUCAGAGACAACAUCUCGGUACUACUUAGUAGGUACUAACCCUCCAUUAUGACCUCCCAUAAAAACUGUUGUUCAGGACUGCACGCAACAUGCUUACUUGUGCGUCCUACCUACUCGGCUACCGUAAUAACCGUUGCUCUAGUCGACAUGCAAGAUUUUUGUUUUCAUUCAUGAAUCGCUUAAAUCAGGGACAUUUUCAAGGAACAGCUUUAGCCGGGGACAGGUCAUCCUAUAAGGGGACUUACCCCCAAAAUCAGGGACGUCUGGUCACCUUAUCAUUUUCACAAGGUUGUAAAGGUGGAGGAUGACAAAAGUCUGCUUUUCACAUAAUGGAACUUACAUACCUGCCAGUCUUUCCUGAUAAAAGUAGUAUCAUGAAUAUAAAUGUACAGAGGGAUCCUGCAUAGGUUUCCACUCAAUAUCGAUAAGUUUGCAGUUCUAUCAUAUAUCAGCAAACCACAAACCAGUUCAUUUGUGUCCCAUCUGAGGUCAAAAAGAGAACCUGGAUGAGCCUCUUUUACAGACAGGAAACAUUUUCAUAGGGUGACCAUAUUCUGGAUCCCCAAAAAGAGGACACUACUAUGCGGGGGCAGAGUUGCGCGCAAAAUUUUGAGGGUUUUUCGGGUCGGGUCGAGUUUUUUCUAUGUGCAUCUAACUCAGUUAGUCCAUGCUACACAAACUCAAAAUUUCCAUACAAAACCCUGGACAUUUGAAGGAUUUUAUAAACUCCCCUGAACAAGGCCGGACAGCCCUAAAAAACAGGACGUAUGGUCAAAAUGAAAAUCUUCUCCUUAGCAAAGUGUGAUCUCUUGCUCGAAAUCUCCAGACAUCAAACUAACAGGCUAUUUGGAAAAAAAAAAGAAUAUUUUCAACAGUUAUAAAAUUUCUCUCCUCAAGCAAGAAAAACUGGGCCAAAGUGAUUGAAAAUGUGAUCCAGACAGCACAUCAUCAACGACCACUCUCUUACAUUUAGUCAUAUGUGCAAUCAACACAGUCUUUCUCUUCUCAUAGUCAGCCACUUGUUUCUUUUAAUGAAUGUCAUCUCACACAGCAGUAUAGACUUUUUAUUCAAAGUAGCUCUUGUCACAUUAACAUUCAAACCUUUUAAUCUCAUUUAAUGGUAGUUUAUAUAAUCAGUAACAGUCAGGUUUUCGUUUAAUGUUACCAUACGUUUAUUUCAAUCAGUAGAGACAUUUAAAGAUUUAAAAAUUUUAUUGGACAGUUAUUAAAAUGUUUCUUGACAGAAACUCCCCCGAAAGAAGGGGCUCGGGCACAGCCAAAAGUGUUCCCCAAAAGUGCUUACUUACUGGGACAAUGAUGAAAUGCCAUAUGAACGAACACGGAUGGUUACCUGCUUAUUAAUAGGUGGGUUAGAUUAAAAUUCACCCACACCACACUACCAGGUACAACCGUAAAAUUACACAAAUAGUAAAAAAAAGAACAUGAAGAACUUGAACCCAAUUAAAAUAAAAACAGUACAAUUAAACAACAACAUAAAGCAAACACAGUAUCAAUCAACUAAACGAUCAAGCUGUUUGUAUAUAUAACACUUUCAUGUGAGUUUGAUGUGGCUUUUAAGGCUGUGAUGCCUUGCUCUGAAAAUAUGAUGUGUGGCCCAGUAGCUUGAGGCUGUGAUGUUUUUACUCUGAACAGGAUGUGAAGCGAGACAUUGUAAGCAUUGAGAGGCCCGCUUGUGAUGGUAUGAAGGCUAGAGAGUAUGCCAAGAAAUGAAAGGUAUAGAUUGCUUAUAUUGAAUUUAAUAAAGGCAGCUCGUUCCACUACUUGGGUGAAGGGUAACCAGGUUUAAUGCUUAACUUCUUCAGACUCUUAGAGAUGAGGCAGUGAUUUCUCACAUCAGAAUAGGACAUUCUGGAUGAUAUAAAAACUACAUAAAACAGAAAAACAUAAAUGGAAAAUGUGAUAAUUGUAAUGAAUCUGAAUCAGUGCAACAUGUUUGAUUUGAAUGCAGAAGGUACAAAGAGGAAAGGAAAGGACUGAAAGCUGCGGCAGCAAAGAAAGCUAAAAUAACAUUAAAUAUCUGAAGCCUUAUUGUUAUUUGUUUUAAAAAUCUUAUCAUGGUCUCAAAAGAAACAGGACUGCUUCACAGGGUCGAGGUUUAUCAUUUAUUUUCAGUUUUUACUUUAAUUUUUCUGUUUAUCUACUGUUCACACUUGAGACCAGUAAGUGGUGGUAAUGCACCUUCAAGAUGGCUGCCAAUGUUACAAUGUCAUUUAGCAGAUUCUUUCAUCAAAAAAGUUCUACAUUCGUAAACAACACAAGCAAAGAUCAAGCGAGAGGAAACAAGAUCAGUGGCGAUUGCUCUAAGACUGCAAGGGAAGCUCAGCUUCCCUUAAAAUGUCACCCCCCCAAAAAAAGAAAAAGUGGUGAAAUACGUACUGCUGUGUGUACAUUUCAUUAACUAAAUACGCGCUAGAAAGCCUUCAUCUUUUGUUCAGAAUCAGCUUCUUAUCACACUGUGAUAAGAACUUCGUUCUCGUUCAUCCUCACAGCGCCUCAGCGCUUUACACAGCUGGACGCUCGGCUUCUGCUGACUUCAAUGUGGAAGCUCAAAAGUGGGUUGUUCCAGCAGCGAAACUAGAUGCUCAUUGGAUAAAUGCUGGGCUUUUUCCCGCCCAUCGGACGCUCAGCGUCUCUGGAGUUCUAUGACGAGAGGGCGGUCCCAACUUUCUCACGGACGCUGAGCUUCUGCAUCCAUGAUUGGAUGAGCUGUCUGAGGCGAAACCUUUUUUUUGAUUGACAGCUAAACAAGCAAAUCAGCGAUCUUGAAGAAUAAAACAUCUACCAGAGCAUUUUCCAAGUUAUUCAUUCUUUUGUUCUUAACUGCUCCGGAGACUUUACCGAUCCUCAGCGACUUUUGUCUUCGUUAAAAACGACUGCCGUUGUGUUUGGCGACUCUGUUCUGUUACAUACAAAUAAACAAACACAAUUAUGAUGUAGGCCAGAAAAAUGAGCUUCCCCUCCUUGAAAGACCAGCAGCCGCCACUGAACAAGAUCAAUAAGAACAAGUACUUCAAGUCCAAUUGGACAUACUGUAGGUACUGCCAUGCAGUUUGAAAGGCAUGCACAACACAGAUUUAUUUUUUUUUUUUGCCAACUUCCAUUUAAAACAACAACAACAAAACAACAACAACAAGAGUGACAAAAGCAGGAAAAGUGAAUAGGCAUGGGAGAGGAAAAGACACUUAGGCAGUUGUGAAGGCAAUUACAGUCUUCCUGACUGAACGAACUCUGGGGCUGCAUUUCAUGUGUCCAAUGUAGUCAAUAAUACAUCUAUGAAUUACUACUAGUGAGUGCACUUUAGUUUGGUGUCCAUCUUAGAGCCUGUGGCAUGAAUAUUUAUGAGAGGUUUGGAGAUGUGUGCCAUCCUCAGAGGAGCCUCAGUUUCCUCCAUUAUUCCUCAAUCAAUAGAAAGCGGAAAUUUAAGUCCUAAAGACACUCAGUGAUGGCCUGUCUGCAGUGAAACUAAAGCAUAAAACAUUAAACAGACUAUAGGCAUGCAUUUGUAUGCAAAAGUUUGUGCACAUUGAGAGUUUAAAAGUGUCAGAUUCUUUUUACAAGCUCAGAUCUUUACCAGCUUGUUAAGCCAGAGGCAUAUGCCAACAAUUGUCUUAGAGGAGUGCCAGCUUACAAGCGUUACAAGUUUGUAAUUUCCACAGUGCCAUAUAUGAAUAAGAGAUGGUGGGUGAAAGACACUUCAGAGGUUAAGACGAGAUCUGGAAGACCAAGAAAACUCUCAGAGAGAGAGCUUAUAGACUGGUCAGAAAGGAAAACAAAAACAAACAUUUGACUGCAAAAGACCUAAAGCAAGAUUGAGCAGACUAAGGAGUGGUGGGAAACCCCUAUCACUAUGCAGUGAUACUUGCACAGGCAAGACCCUCAUGGCAGAGUCUGCAGAGGGAAACCUUACCUGCGUCCUCCUCAUCAUAAAACAUGAAAAAUAUGCAACAGAAUAUCUACACAAGCCUGAUGAGUUCAGAAACAAGUGCUGUGGACUGAUGAAGUGAAAAUAGAACUCUUAGGCCACAAUUAGCAAAGGUAUGUUUGUAGAAGAAAAGGAAAAGCAUUUCAUGAAAGACACACCUAUUGAAGUGUCAAAUAUGGGGAUGGAGCAAUCAUGACUUGCACUUGUGUUGCAGCUAGUGGGAUAAGUGGGUUAAGGGAAGAAUGUUUUCCACUAUAUACCAAUAAAAUCUGGAGGGAAAUGUCACAGCAUAUUUAAAAAAGCUGAGGCUGAUAAAAGGAUGGCUCCUUCAACAGGAUACUGAUCCUAAAUACACCUCAAAAUCCACCCUGGACUACCCGAGGGAACACAAGCUAAAGGUUUUGUAUUGGCCCUCACAGUCUCCAGACUUGAAUGCCAUUACGAAUCUGUGAAUCUGUGAGUAGAUCUUAGAAGAGCUGUGCAUGCAAGACGACCGAAGAAUAUCGCUGAACUGGAAACCUUUUGCAAGGAAGAUUGGGGUAAAAUCCCAAAGAGCAGAAUCCUGAUAUUUGUAGUUGGCUAUAAAAAGCAUUUGCAAGCCAAAGGGGGUCUUACUAAGUACUAAAAGAAGUGAUGUAUCAUGCACAAAAGAUGCAGCUCUGAGUGCUAAUGGUUUGUUGUGAAUCAGAGGAGCUGGGUCUCACUCGAAAUUAGCCCGUUUUUUUCAGCUUAGCCCCAGGCCUACUCACAGCAGAACUUUGUUUUGAUUGGCCAGCAUAGCGGCCAUGCGAUAUAAGAGUACACCAUUAUGUGAAAACAGAGAGUUGAAAGAUACUUAGUGAGAGAAGAAAUCGGAUCAGCCAAUCCAAGCUGAGGCAUAUGAUUUGCACCAAGGACAUUAAUACUGUUAUAUGAGUUUGGUUCUCGUUCUGUGGAUUUAUUUGCAGUAUUUUUUUUUUUUUUUAAUAAGAAAGUUUGAUUAAAAUGUUAACCAGAAGUAAGAAUGGUUUUACAACAGCGUCAAUGCUUUGGGUUGGCUGUGUGUGGUUGGGAUUGGUUGUAUGUGAUUGAGUUGGUUAGGUGUAGUUUGGUUUGGUUUGGUUUAGUUGUGUGGGAUUGGGUUAUUGGUUCUUUAGUUGUUAUUCUGUGGGUGUUGUUGGUUUUUUGAGGGUUUGAGUGUUCAUGUAGGGUUGUCUGGUUGUGUUCAAUUGUUUGGUUAUGUUGGACAGGGUUGGUUAGAUUGAUUGGCUGGGGUUGGUUGUGUUGAAUUGGGUUGUUUGAAGGGUGUUGGUUGUGUUGGAUUGUUUGGUUGGGGUUAGUUGUGUGGGAUUGGGUUGGUUUGUUUUGGGUUGCCGUGGAUUGGUUGGUUGGAUGGGUAGGGUUGUGUUGGUUGGAUGGUUUGGUUACAGGUAGUAGUGUUGGACUUGAUUGUAAUGGGGUUGGUUGGGUUUGGUUUGGUUUGGUUGUGUGUUAGUCGGGUUGUUGGUGCUAUAGUGGUUGUUUCAUGAGUGUUUUUAGAUGUUUGGUGGUUUGAAUGCCCAUGUUAGGUUAUUUGGUAGAGGCUAAUAGGUUGAUUGUUUGGGAAUAGGUUGUUGAUUCUUUGGUUGUUGUUUUGUGAGUGUUUUUGGUUGUUUGGUGGUUUGAUUGCUGGUGUUAGGUCGUUUGAUAUGGCUGAUAGGUCCGUUGAUCAGCAUAGUGACAGGCCUUUAAAAGAUCGGAUGUUUACUCUUGCACAGUGAAGUGCACUUUCUACUGUUAACGCAUUCAUUGUCUGAAACUGUGUUGAAGUAUGAGUAGGCGGCCUGUUGGACUGAAAAGAGUUUUCCAAUUUUACUUUCUUUUAAUUUCUGCAUUUAUAGAUUUUGCAGAUCUAGCCAGCAAAAGAGAAGCUGGACUUGCUUUAUACAGCUUGGACCAUGUGCAUUUAAGUAUGGCCACAAACCUAUACCAAAGUACCUUAUAGUUAACCUUAUUUGUUUUCUUGAUUUCUAUUUUUGAAUUCUAUAUGUUAUAAAUUUAGUCUGUAUUUAAACUUUUACCACAUAAACAACUUUUGUUUUUCAUUAACCUUAUCUCAACAUUUUGCAGUAGGAAAGAGAGCAUGGGGCCUUGGAUAUGUUUGAAAAGGUAAACAGGAAACAGUUCUUAUUUUCUGUCCACAGAAACUUCUACAACUGCAGAACUUCAACACUCUGAUGGCAGUGGUGGGAGGACUGAGCCACAGCUCCAUCUGUCGACUGAAAGAGACUCAUUCUUUUUUGACUCCAGAAGUUGUGAAGGUAAAAAAAAACCUGAAGAAGUAUGCAUGUACACCGUGUCCCAAAAGUUCAUGCACCCCAAUGGGCCAACAUUUUGUCUUCCUUUCUCCAAAAUGGGUUGCACCUGGUCAGCAAGGUGUUGUGAGGUUGUUUGAUUAGUUCAUCUGUUUCUGAUAGGCCUAUAAAAUUCUUGGUUGGCCAUGGAGCAUGUCACUGAGAGAACCUCUCUGGUAGUGCUGUCAAGAUGGCCAAACAAAGAUCUGGAAAGGCUGCUGUUUCAGAGCCUCAGGUCUGUGCCCAAGCCAUUGCCUAGUGCACUGCAUGGAAAACUUACAGGGAGGUAGCUCAGGACCUUGGCAGAAGCAUAUGAUGGGUGAAAAAGUGGUGGCAGAAACACCAGAGUUGUAACUUCCCUGAAGACAAGCCCUGUGCAGGUCACCCCUCGGUCCUGAGUUUGAGGGCCACAGACCUCAUCUGCAAUGCAAAGGGAGAGUCACCGAUCCUGCCCCAGACUCAGAACGAACACUGAAGAAUCUUGGCAAACAGUCUCUAUGAGUACCAUCCAUGGUUUUCUGACUAAUAAACUGGGUCUGAGAGUAAACAGAAGACAGCAGAUUCCUCACCUUACCAAACUGCAAAAGGAGAAGCAGCUGGAUUUUGCUAAAAAGGGUGUUUCAAUGACCCCAAGGGACUGGGAAAAACUUGGUUCUCUCUGGUAAGUGCCCAAUCUACUUAUUUCUAACUCCCAAAAGCCAAAACAACCGUAUCUACUCUGACAAUUGAAUAAAAGUGUCACCUUCUGAACAAGUCCGGUUCAACACCCAUUGCAUGGUCUGGGGGCAAUGUCAUUUUCAGGUCUGUCUGAGUAGCAUGUUGUACCCCAGGGCACCACCAUCCGUGCUGAGUAUUUUGUCAAGAACCAUCUCCAGCCAGUGCUACUUUCCAUACUCACCAGAAAGAAGAAAUCAGGCCCCGUCACAGCAAGGAAGAUGUUCAACAGGUGUGCGGAAAUGGUGCCCCCACACAUACUGCUUAUACAACUCAGCAGUGAUGUUCUGAGCAGCAUCCUGGCUUUCUGCAUAAAGUGAACUGACUAUCCAACUCUCCGGACCUAAACCAGUUUGAGAACUGCUGAGGUUUCCUGAAAAGUCGAGUCUUCUGCAGUCCAACCCCUGCCACCAUGAAGAAUUUGAGGGGCAGUGAUUAAGAUGUUGCAGAUGUUGGGGGGGUUGGGGGUCACACUGGCGCUUGAAUAAACACAUUCUGUUGAACAUUCACAAUCUGAGUUAACUUUUUCUGUAGUGCAUAAACCUUUGGGACACGGUGUACUACCAUAGCAAACAAAGUUAUCUAAGAGAAGAGCCAGGCAAUCUGGUUAUAACUUUUUUACUUUUACUUUCUUGGUUAAAUUACAAACCUUUAACUCGGAAUAGAAAUGCAUGCUGGUUGAAAUCAGGUGCAUCAAUUAGGACAUCAUUCAUUUUGAGUGGGUUGUUAUUGCCGAGCAGGAUCUCUGCAAAAAAGCUGAGUGGUCUACCUCACUUUGCCUGACGUGUAUUACCCAGACAGUCCCUUAAAUCCCAUGGCGAGUGGCAUCUCCAUGGCGGUGGUAUCUUAUUAUCAGCCUGCUUGUGGGUCCAAUGGCCCUCAUUUAUCAAUCUUGCGCAGAUCUGAGCGCAGGAUUCAUCCUACGAUAGGACAUAUGUGAGAUUUAUGAAAGGAUUCGUAUCUGGCAAAUCCCAGCGUACAUAUGAUCGGGUCUUGAUAAAUGCAGCGGCUGAAAUCGAUCGUCAUUAACAUGUUUACGCCCUUAAAUAUUUGUGGUUCAGUAGCCUCGCCCACUGAGGUCAAACAUGAAAGAGGAGAAAUAUUAGAAAGAUUCUAAACUUUUCCGAGCUGAAAGUGGAUAUCCUCACAUCUGUGGUGGAAACUCACAAGGAUUUUCUCUUUGGAAGCAUCAAAACUGGUCUAAAAGCAGUCCAGAAAACUCCUGUCUGGAGCAGGAUUAUGGUGGCGGUGAACAGCACUGCCGCGGAAUAGUGGACAGUAACUGAAGUUUGAAUCAAUCAUUAGUCAGUAUGUUGCUUGUGAUGAUAAAUCAAUAUCUCAUACAUGCCUCAUAUUUUUAUUGCCAUGACAUAGGGUACAUUUCUCCUAUUAUUGAAAGUUUAUAGUUUAAAUUUGUUGCGUCUUUGUAAUGUAGAGCAGACUGGAGAGUCUGACAGAGGCUGAACAAAAAUGAUUAUCAACGUCACCAAAUGAUGUGUUGCUGCCCCUGAGGCACAUUUUUAUGGAUUUCAGUUGGAUUUUAAAUAGCAAGAGCACUUUCUAAACUUAUAUUUUACAUCAGAAUCCACAGAUAAGGUCCUGUCUCCUCUGAACAGCACCUACGUGGAGUCUCUCCUCAUUAUUGUUCUCCGGGCAUCGGGUCCUCACGUUGCACCGGCACAGCUAAUGGCACUCCAUUCGCCAGUGUAACAUUGUGCAAAACUAUACUGGCCCAAAUGAUGUCCCACACCCUUUCAGGAGUGUACAACAAUGUCCCCGCUGCCGGACCAAGACAGAGACACCUGCCUUUUAGGAGUCAAAUGCAGCGCUCCACAGUGGCGCGUGUGCGCACAAUGUUAAAACGGCGCUCCUGCUCUGUGGUAGUGUUUCUGGGCAGAGUUAUCAAAUAGGCCUAUUCACUAGGGACAUAACUUUAUUUUAUUUUAUUUACAUCUUAAUCUUUAAUGAAAUCUGGCUGAUUGUGCUUAAUGACAGGUUUGAGGUUUGUUUAUCAAUUAUUUUGAGACAGAUAUUUGCUGCACUGCAGAUCCACACUGACUCAAACUUGCGUACACGAUGUCAGACCUGUCGUGAGAUUUGGUCGUAGCGUACGCUCACGUGCAGAUUGAUAAAUCCGAUCCUCACGUCAAAAUUUUCAUACGCAAGGUGUCGAAAGUUUUCUGCCGUACACAAGCUUUAUAAAUGAGGGCCAAUGUGAUUUCAGCGGCACAUUUUCAUUCACAGUGACGUCUAAUGUCAUUGUUUUCUGUUGGCAUUUUAAACCAAUGCAUAAAAUCACUACUCUGCACCUUUAAAUGUCUUUGACAGAAUCCUUUAACUCAGCUAGUCCUCUAACUUUCCCAGUGCCCCUGUGUUCAAUCCAUGUCUGUCCUCAUCACUUCAGAAGUGUCUUCUUGUUUGAAUAUCCCUCACUGCUGUUAACCUCUUCUUUUCUCUUUUCUUGGUGGCUGAUCAGCCACUGACCAAGAAUUUCAACAUGUUUGCUGUCCAAAUAAAAGAGAUAGGUAGAAAAGAUAAUGAAUGGAAAGGUGUGAUUAUAAUGAAGCGAUGACGUGUUUUUCACUAAUAGACACCCAGAGAUGAGAAUUGCAGAGAAAUCUUGAAGACUCCAAAAUCAGGCAACUGGACUGUGUAGAGUUGAGAUGAAAUUUCGCCUCUUAUCCAAGAAGCCUCUUUAGUUCUAAUUGUUUCUAGUGUAAAGAGCAGAUAUUUAUCUUACUGGAGAAGGGGACAGACAACGACUGGGAGGAGUUGGAAAGAAUGGGCUGUAGAAACCCAUCUCCAGGUGUUCACCCCUGAGGGUCGUUCACCUGAAAGGGUUGUUAACGACCCCUGUCAUGUGACCACAUGACUCAUGCCACCUGAGUCAUGUGGUCCCAGGUGUGAACGUUUGUGGAGCUUCCUGGGGAAGGAACUGAGAACUACAUUGUAAGUGCCGCAGAGAUUGUGCAUGAGUCCACCCCCUCUGUUCAGAGAAGGUUUCUCCAGCCUGGUAAAGAUGGCUUCUUUAACUCCUCUUUCAAACCAUCUGUCUUCUCAAGCCAACACCUGUACAUUGCUGAGAACAUUUAUGAUCAUUUCUUUAUCAUUUCCUUAAAUAAAGUUUUGGAUGUUUUCCCAAUCCUCACCCAAGAUGACAUAUGAAAUGUUGAAACUGAAAAUGUUAUUGUUCCAUGUUGUAGUUAUACUUCUAAUCUAGUAAAAUAUCACAAAAGGAACUGCUUUUUGAAUUCUUUCAGCCACGUUUCAGAGCUGGAGGUUUGGGCAAUUCUCUCAGUGUUGGGGAAAAAUGUUGUGCCUUGGUUGUGCUUUCCCUCCACCGUAAACAGUGAUCCCACAUGAAACCCUCUGGUUCAGCCAUCAAAUGUGAAUGAAUGUUUCCCUUUGUUGACAGAUCUGGAGAGAGAUGACUGAGCUUGUCUCCUCCAACAACAACUACUCCUGCUACAGAAAAGCAUUCAAUGAGUGCCAGGGCUUCAAAAUCCCCAUCUUGGGUGUGCACCUGAAGGAUCUCAUCGCGGUGCACGUUGUCUUUCCUGACUGGGUAGAUGACAGAAACAAGGUGAACCUGGUGAAGAUGCAUCAGCUCUACAUGACCUUCAAUGAGCUGGUGUCGUUACAGAGUGCAGCGGCUCAGGUUGAGCCCAACAUGGACCUUAUCUACCUGCUAACGGUAAGUGAUAACUGUUGCAUCCUCAGUCAUUGUGCAAACUUUACUGCUCUCAGUUUUCCAUAUAGUAGCCAUUGAUUUAAACAUUAUAUUUUCAGCUUUCUUUAGACCUUUAUUACACGGAGGAUGAGAUUUACGAGCUGUCAUUACUGAGAGAGCCUCGUAACCCCAAGUCAUUGGUAAGUUUUGCCUUCAUAGGAAGUAUAUUGUGCUUAGGUUUGUCUGAUUUAAGGAUCAAAUUAACAAAAGGACUGUAAAGCUUUUGAGCGCACUGUAUUAGUGCAAAUCAGACCAAAAGAGGCGACAAUGUUUCACUCAUGAAGCUAUCCCAGGGGUUCAAUGCAUCAGAAACUGUGCUACAGCACUAAAUGCUUCUCAUUGUUUUUUUUUUUCUCAUAAAAUUAACAGAGCCACUGUGCAUUCAUUGAGGCAAAAUUGGUCCAUCUAUGUGCAAAUGCAAGGCUGUUUACAGCUUACAAUUACACAGCUAGCAUGAAAUUUGUCAUGUAAUUCCUUAACUCAGUUAUAUGAUUUAGUUCAGACUCUCCGACAAUGCCAUGCUGCUGUGCUGUCCCUACGGAUCUACUUAGGGAAUACAGAGGAAUGAUUCUUGAUACAAGUCAAAAUACAAAACGCCAAUACUCAGGCCCACCUGAGUUCAGACACUGAGUUCACUGUGCUCUCAGUUGCAUCUUUUAGGAUUUAGAGUUGAUCAUUACUCCAAAACGGGGGGGUGGGGGGUGGGGGGGGGGGGGGUGGUUACCCUCAAUGUACGGAUGCAGUACUGAUAAUUAUACUGAAAUGUUUAAAACCCAUCAAUGCCUUUAGACCCAAAAAGUAAUCCAGAGAGAAAGUCAGUGAACGUAACCUCAGUCCUGUGUUUGUGUGUCAUGUCUUCACACACAGCCUACCUCACCAACAACUCCCAAUAAACCUCUGGCCCCCCUGGACUGGGCCUCGGGUGUCACCACCAAGCCAGAUCCCUCUGUGGUCAACAAACACAUCAGGAAACUGGUGGACGUGAGUGUACGAUCUUAGUUUAAUCAUGUGCACAGCUGUGCGAGCAGUAUAUUUAGAGUAACCUUCAUCUUUGUGAAGUCUGUUUUCAGGAAUUAUGACCAUGACCACGAUGGAUACAUUUCUCAAGAGGACUUUGAGAACAUCGCUGCUAACUUCCCAUUCCUGGACUCCUUCUGUGUUUUGGACAAAGAUCAGUGAGUAAAAAGAGACAAUUUUAGAUGCUGAAGUUGCUGCCUGAGAAAUGAGAUCUGAUUUAGUCACAGUGGCCCUCAUUUAUCAAUCUUGCGUAGAACUGAGUGCAGAUCUGAGCGCUGGAUUCAUCGUAUGAUAGGACACACGUGAGAUUUAUGAAAGGGUUCGUAUCUGACCAAUCCCAGCGUACGUAUAAAUGCGGCGGCUGAAAUCGAUCGUCAUUAACAUGUUUACGCCCUUAAAUAUUCGUGGUUCAAAAGCCUCGCCCACUGAGGUCAAACAUGAAAGAGGAGAAUAUUAGAAAGAUUCAAAACUUUUCCGAGCUUAAAGUGGAUAUCCUUACAUCUGUUGUGGAAACUAAUAAAGAUUUGUUCUUUGGAAGCAUCAAAACUGGUCUAAAAGCAGUCCAGAAAACUCCUGUCUGGAUCAGGAUUAUGGUGGCGGUGAACAGCGCUGCUGCGGAAUAGUGGACAGUGGCUGAAGUUUAAAUAAAUCAUUAGUCAAUAAGUUGCUCAUGAUGAUAAAUUAAUAUCUCAUACAUGCUUCAUAUUUUUUAUUGCCAUGACAUAGGCUAUUCUGCUCCUAUUAUUGAAAGUAUUUAGUUUUAAUUUGUUGCGUCUUUGUAAUGUAGAGCAGACUGGAGAGUCUGACAGAGGCUGAACAAAAAUAAUUAUUAACGUCACUAAACGGUGUGUUGCUGCCCCUGAGGCACAUUUUUAUGAAUUUCUAUUGGAUUUUAUCACUGAUUAAACAGCAAGAGCGCUUUCUAAACUUAUAUUUUACAUCAGAAUCCAUGGAUAAGGUCCUGUCUCCUCUGUACAGCACCUUUGUGGAGUCUCUCCUUGUUAUUGUUCUCCGGGCAUUGGGUCCUCUCGUUGCACUGGCACAGCCAAUGGCACUCCAUUCGCUGGGCAUGUGGGCAGUGUUAAAACGGCGAUCCUGCUCUGUGGCAGUGUUUCUGAUCAGUUAUCAAAUAGGCCCACUAAGGACAUGACAAAUUUAUUUUAUUUAUGUCUUAAUCUUUAAUGAAAUCUGGCUGGUUGUGCUUAAUGACAGGUUUGAGGUUUGUAUAUCAAUUAUUUUCAGACAGAUAUUUGCUGCACCGCAGACCCACACUGACUCAAACUCGCGUACACGAUGUCAGACCUGUCGUGUGAUUUGGUCGUAACGACGCUCACAUGCAGAUUGAUAAAUGCCGAUCCUCACGCCACAACUUAAGUACGCAAGGUGUACGCAAAUUUCUGCCAUAAGCAAGCUUGAUAAAUGAGGGCCAGUGUGAUUAUGAAGCUACAUUGUUGGUUUUAAUUUGUCUAAACUUAACUUUGAGAUGGCUCAUAUUUACCGUGAACUUGAACAUCGUGUUUGUAACAUUCAUGCAAAUCCUGUCUUACUCCUUAUCACAAAAUAUUAGAUCAGAUCUCCAAAGUUGACAAUGUCUUUUCCCCUAGUCUCUAAACAAACACAGAUAAUACACACAUUUUGCGGCAUAUUUUUAAGAACAGAUGCCAUCACACAUGUAUUUUUCCUCCUCCUUCUCCUCUCAGAGACGGACUGAUCAGUAAGGAUGAGAUGAUAGCGUAUUUCCUCCGAGCUAAUCCCUUGCUACAGUGUAAAAUGGGACCAGGUUUCAUCCAUGACUUCCAGGAAAUGACAUACCUGAAGCCCACCUUCUGUGAACACUGUGCUGGAUUUGUGAGUAACUCUAAGUUUCUUUCACCCCACCGUCUAUGCAGCCUUGUCCAACCUCAAUCCAUUUUAAAAGGUUCAAACUUACAAGUGCAGCCUGAUAAACUCGCACCACCUUGGUCACAUAAAUUAGUCUAUGCUUGGUUUUGUGUCUUCAUUUUUAUCCACAUGGAUGUGGUAAUAAGUUGUAUAUAGUUUAUCUGAGAUAUAAAACAUUUUCUUAUUUUUUGUCCCUCCUCUUUCAUAAAUUCUGGACCUGAAGCUUUGGGGAAUCAUCAAGCAGGGCUACAAAUGCAAAGGUAUUGUUGUUUUAUAUAGAAAUUAUAUAUAUAGAAAUUAUAACAUUGCAUGAUAACCGGUGAUUGCCAGUGAACUUUGUUUCUGGAUCAGAACUCUCUGAUCUCUGAUCAGGCCAUCUCCUGUUAUCAGUAAGCUGGGACAUUUGUGAGGGACUGAGAUGGAGAUAAUUCAACGUGCUUACUCAUACACAAACACAGAGAAUAACCAGACACACCUCCUCCAACUCAACACCUUCUUGGCCCCUAUCCCCCCCUCCCUCCCUGUUGUAGUGCAGGUACUUCAUGUUGAUGCCAUAGACUGUAUAAAGAAUGGACGCCGUCUGCCUCCUCUCUUGGUGAAGCCACUCCAAGAACAGCACCCUCUGUUGAUGGGCUGCAGUAUAGGUCAUAAAUCCCGCCUCCGCCAGCAAAGCUUAUGGGGCUGUGGACAAACUUUAGAAAUUUAUUACACAGAACAUAAAUUUUUCUUCCCCCUGGUUGUGAUGUUGACAUGUAGUUACAGUAAGACUAGUUUGUGCUCAAGUCCUCUUUUUUCUGUACAGCUCCAUUUUCAUAAGUUAUUAGGGGGUUCAUGUUUUCUGUGAUUGACACCUGAUACAGCCUAUGGGCGUUCAGGGAUUGCGUAGCUCUCCCGAGGGGUACGCAGUUUGAGCCAAGCGUCAUCACAGGGACUCUCGGCGACUGCGCGGCAGAAUGCGUGCAUCGCUACUGCGCAGAGCUGGUUUCAGGUAAUGGAGAAAAAUCCCGGAAAUACAGAGAGCUAUUUGGCUUCAAAUCCGUAUAUAGGCGGUAGGCAGAACCAAGUUGUCCAUAGUAUAUACAGUUUAUGGUUGAUGCUUGCACCAAGUAUGGAUGCACUCACCCCAAGGUCUGUGCUGUGACACCCUCCCUCCCUGACACCUGCCCUCUUCCCACAUGUGCAAGUUCUCGGGUAAUUUUGCUGUAAUGCCUUACUAUGUUGCUUAUGUAUUGAGGUAUUUUUUUUACUGAUCUCACACUGUAGCAGAGUUUGGAGUUGCCCCCCCGGAGCGCCGGUCAGGGGCUGGCGAUCCUACAGUUCUCCUAUUCCUGUCACCCUGUAUGCAUCUUUCUACUGUAUGUUUCAUGGAAAGGAUGAACUGUAAAUGGAAAUUUCCCCUUGUGGGACUAAUAAAAAAAUAUCUUCUUAUCUUAUCUUAUCUUAUCUUAUCUUAUCUUAACAAAAAACCCUGUACCCUCUUCACCCAGUAGAAGAUAGAUACCAUAUAAUUCUAUGUAUGAUUCACAUAGACAGGACCAACUGAAGGUAAGUGCGAUGUAGGUAGUCACCAAAGGCGACAUGAUCUGGAGAGGUUGAGCCUUAAUAUGACUGUGUCCCUGUUUUCUGCCCUGGUUGUCAGCUUAUGUUUCUGUUCUUUGCAGACUGUGGGGUGAACUGUCAUAAACAGUGUCGGGAGCUGCUGGUUCUGGCCUGUAGGAAGCUGAUCCGCUCGGGCUCUCUGGGCAGUGUUUCUCCUCCCAGACUGACCCACAGCUCUCUGCCUAACAGCCCCACCCUGCCAACCUGUAAAGGUCAUUCUCUGCCCCACACAUUCACAAGAUUUAGACCAUAUACAGUUGAAACCAGAAGUUUAAAUGCACGAUAUAAAAAGGCACAUAACUUUUUUUUCUCACCGUCUAACAUUAAAUCACAAUAAAAUUUCCUGUUUUUGGUCAAUUAGGAUUAUCAAAAUUAUUUUCAUUUGCUAAAUGCCAGAAUAGUGUGAGAGAGGAUUUUUUAGACAUUUUUUUAUUACUAUCUCAAGAGUCAAAAGUUUACAUACAUUUCAUUAGUAUUUGGUAGCUGCCUUUAAAUUGUAUGACUUGGGUCAAAUGUUUUGGAUACAGAUUUAGUCCUUAUUGCCUGUGUUUCCUGUCUUCAGAUGAGGAUGAGGUGUUUGAGUUCCCAUCCGUCACAGCACCAGGUCCAGCUCUGGACCCUCGCCCGUCCAUCACCCUGAUGACAGGCUCAGCGCAGAGGAUCUCUGUGCGCCUGCAGAGAGCCACGACCAGCCAGGCCACACAGACUGAGCCCCUGUGGCCUGAACACAGCUGGGGGACUACAGACAGUGGAUCUCACACUUUCCCUAAAAUGAAAUACAGGACUCACAGAAAAGUGUCUAAAAAUAGAGGCUUCGCUCGCUGGGAAAACCAGAAUGACAGCCAGCACCAGCCAGUGUCCCUACGGUGCAGCAUGGACUCACAGCAGAGGUCAGAGGUCUCAGGAGAGCCUGUCCAGAACGGGGGCACACACAGAAGGAAGGUAAUGCGGCUGUAAGCCAUGUACAAUAUUAUUUUCACAGCUGUAUAAUUCAUGUAGUUUUCAGACACUGGAGAAGAAGCUUUAAUAAAAUACUCAAAACUAAAAGUGAAAUCCCUGUCUUCUCCAGGGGUAAAUAACAAGAAUGAUACUGACAUUUUUGUUUAUUUUUGGAGACAGGUAUCAUGUGCAAACCAAAGAGGCUUAUUCAGAUGAGGUUACAUAGUAUUGAAAUACACACGUUCUCACCCCACAGGCAGAUUUAUUUAUUUACCUCAAAAUUAGUUAUCAGUAUUAGGUUUUGCUUAAUCACACACCCUGUAGAUGCCUGUGUGCACUACGGUGGAUGGAGACAGAAGUCUCCCCAAAAUUAAACACAUUGGAAAAAAAUGGUCCAUUCUUUUUCUCAUGCUUAAAAGCAAAAGUCUGAAAAAAAGUUCAGAUUGUGAUGAAAUAAAUCAAUCACCAAAGUGUGAUGUGCAUAUCUGUGCAAACCAUGUGCAUAUGUACUUUAUCCACGUUUAUUGGGACCAGAGCACACAUCCUUUAACUCUGAUGGGUGAUGUUUCGCUGGAGCAUCUUUUGAUAAGUUCAUUGCUGAUGAAUUUACAGAGUUUACACAGUUUUGUUGCUCAUCAAUAGACAGUCAAGAAUUCAGCUACACAUUUGUGUUGCUGCACCUGCAGCGCUCUGAUCAGCUGUCUGAGUCUAUGGUGCACAAGUUAACUUGUUUUUCUGGGCUCUAUUUUCGUGUACGCCGGUGAGGCGGCGGAGGGUGGCGGACCCCGCACAGUUGUAUUUUCAUCUGGCGGAGCCCCGCAUACAGCCAGUUUGGUAUUUUCGUGGACUGAGGCGCACCGAGGUCCGCCAAGUUGGGCGUGGUGGCGUGGCAGGGGGAGGUGUCAACAGAAUCAGUGGACGCAGCGACAUUUUCGUACUCGCCACCGGCGUAUAAAGAGCGCUGAAAGCUCGCCGAUUCAAACCUGGUCAGCUUUCAGCACAGGCGGAGCGCAGCUGGUCAAGUGGUAUUUUGGUAGACCAGCGACGUAUCGGCAUAUGUCACUGAUGCCUCACCGGCAGGUUUCCACAGUGUCAGGCACAUUUCAGUGCAAUAGAUAAUCAACAACAACUAAUAUUCUGAGUCAGCACAUACAUUUAGAUCUAUAUAGAUAUAUUCUGAUCUAUAUCUGAUCUGAUGAGUGCGUUUGGCACGUGUUUGAACACUCAACCUGACCGAAUCAACACAGCUGAAACCGUAUUUAACUAAAUUAAAUAUCUAGUAAAUAGACACACAUGAUGAAGUUAACAAGAUAUUUAAUUUUUCUCCCUCCUUUUCUUUCUUCCUCUUCCUCUUAUUUAUUGCGCAGCUUGACCUGGACAUGUCUCCGUGUCCUCUCCCUGUCCUGCUGCUGCUGCUGAACAGAUGAUUUGUUUCAGUGCUCAGAUGAGUUAUUUACUUUAAGCCGACAUACGAAUAUUAUAAUAUUCAGUUUUGUGAGUCAAAUUUAUUUUAUAUGCCAACAUCUAUGAAAGAGAGACAGAGCCAGGCCACGGAGCGCGAUGCGUCAUUAUGCACAGAUGGAUCCGAUUUUAAUGCCAUUUUUGGAAUUUAUGAUGUGAUCUCUGCGCACAACCCACCUUUGUCACGUGAGGUUUGAAUAUAUGCAACUUUAUGUGAGUGUCUUUAUUUGUGGAAAAGGAUGUUUGUCUUACCAGUGGGUCCAACAUUACACACACCAAAUCCAUCUGUGCUCAUAUGAGAGAGUGUGAAGGACGUCCUCUGCAGUGCUUACAGUGACACUUGUUGAGGGGCUGCCUUCUGUCGCCAUCAUGUGGCAUUGCUGUCUUCAGACAUCUCUUGAUCUCUUUGACUACUUCACGAAAAUAUUAAUAUGCCUCGCCGGUGGCGGAUUUAAAGGCGAGGAGAGGAGCUGAUGUCAUUGGUCAAUACAGGUCUCGGCUGUGUUCAACCCACUCCACGCCCUCUCUCCUCCCUCUCUACGACUUAUGCCGCUGGGAGGAGCUGAGUUAGGGAGGGGGGAUACUUACGCCGGGCUGCGCCGCUCACCAAAAUACCAAAUUGUGCCUUGUCGGCGCGGCGGACCUGACUCAAGCCGUGCACGUCUCCGACGAGAGCCCUGAGUGUUUGGGACGGCUUUUAAACCGACACUGCUGCAGUUGCUUUAGCCCAGUGUCCAUGCCGUUUUUUCUGUCUGUUUUUUCAGACUGACCAUCCUUCCCUGUGGCAAACACAAUAAUUACUGACCAUAUACAACUCUGCUGGAAAAAUAAACCAUCUCUGUGAUCCAAGUUUUAAAUGAAUAAUAUUUCUUCUUCUCCUCUCCAGGACAGCUGA